AUGUGUUUACGAGCCCUGAAAUCACCUAAAACUAGUCUUUUACAACUUUUGUUUUUCUUUUCUAUACUUCCUUACAAAUCUUUCAUUUUUUUUCUCUAUUUUUUUCCUUUUUCUCUUCACCUUUUUUCUUUUUUUCUCUUCACCUUUUUUCUUUUAUUUUAUUCUUUUUUCUUUCACAUGCACUUUUACCUUUCCUUUCCUUUAUUUUCAUUUUUUCUUUUUAAAAUGUAUUUUCUUCGUUUACCUUUUAAUAUUUUUUUCUCUUUAUCAUUUUCUUUGGCUCUUUAUUUGUUUUUAUUUGGUGACAUUCCUCUUUCGGGAUAUUCAUUUUAUUUUGCAUUCAUCCUUUUUUUUAUAAAAUUUCUGCAUUUAUUUGUCAUUCCCCCCUCCUUUCUCUUUCUUUCAUUAUUGAAUUAUCUACUUUUUUUCUCUUUCUUUUUUCAUUCUUUUUUUAUCAAAUUUCUUUCUUUCUUUUUUCAUUCAUUAUUCUUACUUUAUUUCUCACUUUCUUUCCUCCUUUCUUUAUUUUCUUUUUUCUUUCCUUAUCUAUUUUGGUCUCUUCAUCUAUUUUUCUCACAUUAUCUGUUUUCUUUUAUUUUACUUUCUUUGUUAUUUGCUUUCUUUCUUUCGUCAUAUUUUAGGUGUUUAUUUUUCUUUCUUUCUUUGUCUAUUUUCUUACUUAAUUAG